AAUGGCCGCCUCCAUGGUGACAACGCUUGUUCAGUAAUUCACUUAGUUUUCAGGCUGAAACUGCAGAUUAACACAAAAACAACAGGUUUUAUUUAGGCGUAGAGCGUCGCGGAGUGUUACUACAGCCGCCGGACAGAUGAAGACCUUCUGCGGAAGAGCCAACCCGACCACGGGAGCUUUAGACUGGGUGGAGGAGAGUGAGGAGUAUGACUAUCACCAGGAGAUAGCGAGGUCUUGCUAUGCUGACAUGCUGCAUGAUCAUGACAGAAAUGAGAAGUACUACCAGGGGAUCCGUGCAGCUGUGGCCAGAGUCAAGGCUCGUGGUGAGAAGGUCAUCAUCCUGGACAUCGGGACAGGGACAAGCCUACUAUCCAUGAUGGCCCUCACUGCCGGUGCUGACUUCUGCUAUGCUGUGGAGGUUUUUAAGCCCAUGGCUGAAGCUGCCCAGUGCAUCGCAAAGAAGAAUGGCUUCUCUGACAGGAUCAAGAUUAUCAACAAACACUCCACUGAUGUCACUGUGGGGCCUGAUGGUGAUAUGCAAAUGAAGGCCAAUGUCCUGGUAACGGAGCUGUUUGAUACUGAACUGAUAGGUGAAGGAGCACUGCCCAGCUAUGAACAUGCUCAUGAAAAUCUGGUCCAGGAAGGCUGUGAGGCAGUUCCUCAUCGGGCCACCGUUUAUGCUCAGUUGGUGGAAUCAGAGCUACUGUGGAGCUGGGCUCAGCUGCAGCCGGUGGAGGUGGAAGAUGUCCGCCUGGUCCCUCCACCUGCUGUUGGCCACUGUGCUGGAGCUCAUUCAGUCUGUGACAUCCAGCUGAGCCAGGUGCCACCCAGCAGCUUCACUCCGCUAGGUCCUCUCUGCACCAUGUUCAGUGUUGACUUCAGUAAGCCGGUGAGCAGUGCUUUCCACUCUUACUGCUCCCAGUUUGUUGCUCAGUCCAGCGGUCGAGCCCACGUAAUCCUGUCCUGGUGGGAUCUGGACAUGGAUCCCAGUGGAAGCAUUGUGUGCACCAUGGCUCCUAGCUGGACAUAUUCACAGCCAAAGACGGCUCCAUGGCGGGACCACUGGAUGCAGAGUGUGUACUUCCUGCCUGUGGAGAAGGUGGUGAAGGAAGGAGAGGAGCUGAGCCUGACUGUUUGCCAUGACGACUACAGUCUGUGGUACAGCCUGCGGUCUCCUAGCCAACAGACUGAAGCUGUUCCAUCUCGACCGUGUUGUACCUGCCAGGCUCACCUGCUGUGGACUCGACCGCGUUUUGGUGAACUCAACGACAGACGGCGAACGGAGAGCUUCAUCCGCGCGCUACGCAGUGUUCUGAGAAAAGACAGCAUAUGUCUCAGCAUCAGUGAUGGAAGUCUACUUCCUGUGUUUGCUCACUUGCUAGGAGCCAAGAAGGUCUUCAGUUUGGAAAACUCUAGAAUGUCCAAACAGGUUAUUGAGCAAGUGUUGGAGGCCAACAUGGUAAAAGGGGCUGUUGAGCUGCUGGAGCUGAAGCCUGAUCAGCUGACCAGUAGUGACUUGAAAGGAGAACAGAUCUCAGUCCUGAUGGGUGAACCACACUUCUGCACCAGCCUCUUACCGUGGCACUCCCUGUACUUCUGGUACUGUCGGACUGCGCUGGCAGGUUUUCUGCUGCCCAACGCCACCAUCCUGCCCUGCUCUGCCACACUUCACAUGGUGGCUGUGGAGUUCCAGGAUCUGUGGAGGAUAAGAGCACCAUGUGGAACAUGUGAGGGCUUUGAUGUCACUCCCAUGGAUAAAAUGGUCCAGAAAUCUCUGGAUUUCCGUGAGUCCCGCGAAGCAGAGCCCCACCCUCUGUGGGAGUAUCCGUGCCGUGCUUUGACGCAGUCUGCAGCCGCCAUGACCUUUGACUUCACACAGUGUGUCCCUCAGCAGCCGAUCAACAGUGAAGGCUCACUGCCUUUCAUAAGAGAGGGUCGUUGUCAUGGGGUUGCGCUGUGGAUGGAAUAUCACCUAACCAAUGAAAUCACUGUCAGUGCAGGUCUGACUGGACCAAUCAAUGAUCAGGGCGACUGUGAGUGGGUUCGACACAGGAAACAGGGAGUGUAUUUCUUCAGGUCACCGUGGGAGAGCUCAGGUGACGGCAGAACCGCCGUGUCUUACAGCUUCACCUUUGAACCUAGUUCAGGAGAUAUUAAGAUGGAUUUCAGCACCGGGUCUCAGUGAUGUGGAACAGUCACUGACUGAAGAAUUAACUCUUUUAACACUGCGCUUUUUACCUCAUGUUUUUAGAGUGCAUAUUUAAUGAGGGUCAGUAUUGUGUGCCUUUGAUAUCAGUUUGAUCAUGGACGAUUAAUCGAGGAAUUGUUUGGUUCAUGUCAGCAAAUGUUAUCAGUGUGUCUCAAACCUGGAAACCAGAAGAUAUUCACAUUUAAGAGGCUGAGAAAUUAGAAAAACUUGUUUUAAUUAACACUUAAGCUGAUUUAUUCAUCCAUCUUCUAUCGCUUCAUCCUCCACAUGUGGGUCACGGGUGGGGGCGCUGUGCCAAUCCUAGUGGACAUAGGGAAAAAGGCGGGUACACCCUGGACAGGUCACCAGUCCAUCACAGGGCUUAACUGAUUCAUCUACUAUCCAAAUAGUUGAUGAUGAAUUUAGUAACUGAUUAAUCAAGUAAUUCUUUCAGCAUUAGUAUGAAUGGUUAUUUGUCAUGUUGCUGUCUGGGUGUACUUCACCUUUCACCUGAGGUCAAUGAAUGAAUGUUGUAAUGUGGUCAUAGUUGUCCCUAAACCUGGCUAGCAUUUAGUCUUUUUAGACUCUGGAUGAUAAAAGCUGUCUACCAUAACCCAGGCCCUUAUUUAUAAUCAUGACUAUAUACAUUUACAUGUAAGGGAUUCAGUUUAAGGAUAUGCUGUCAGCUAUGCUAUGUAGUAUAAAAUUAACCUGGAAGAACAUGGACCAGACAUGACUGGCAGAUCUUUUUCAUUUCUAGGUCACUGAUCUUGGCAAAACCAGAUGUAUUGUUACAGAAAUUAUGAAUAAACUUUGUUUGUCGUCUAAA